CGGCAGACACAACGAUGACAGAAAAGACUCGGCUGCCGAGCAGAGAGCAAGCUCUGAAAGGAAGACAGGAGAAAAUGGUCGUGGCAGAUAAUCAUGCAGUCAAUGGGAAUCCCACUGCAGAGCCCUUUCCAGAAGGCAUGGAAACCAUCAUGUUCGGACUGGGCUGUUUUUGGGGAGCUGAGAGACUUUUCUGGCGACUUCCAGGGGUCUUCUCUACACAGGUGGGCUUCGCUGGAGGCUUUACACCUAACCCUACCUACAGAGAGGUCUGCUCAGGUCUGACAGGCCACACUGAGGUGGUGAGAGUGGUCUUUUCUCCUGAGGACAUUGGCAUUGAGGAGCUGCUCAAACAUUUUUGGGAGAGCCACGAUCCUACACAAGGCAUGAAACAGCAUAAUGACCGUGGUACACAGUAUCGAUCAGCCAUUUACACAUCCAACCCCACGCAACAGGAACUCGCACUGAAGAGUAAAGUGAUCUUCCAGAAGGAACUCGAGAAGAGCCAUGGGCAAAUAACAACAGAGAUUCUGGAGGGGCAACAGUUUUACUACGCUGAGGACUACCAUCAGCAGUACCUGAAGAAGGUUCCCAAAGGCUACUGUGGACUCAAAGGCACUGGGGCCUCUUGUCCCAUUGGAGGCAACUAG